AUUCCAACCCAAAAGCUUCAUUACAUGCAUGUUCAUUUGAAUUAUAGCGGAUGUGUUCUUGUUAUCAAAGCUAUAGAAAGCAAAGACGACUAGUUCUUGCCCAAAGCCACCACAACAACCUCAUCUUUUUUUCUCAGGUCUCACAUAUGGACACAAGACUAUUAUCACUUUCACCCAAAAGCCACCAACCAAACCACCUUGAUUAGUGCCACAGGCUUGCUACGUAUAUCACGAAAGUAUCUUAGAUUAUUCCAAUUAGAAGGAGCAAACUUCUACCUUAUCGUCCGCUUUGCUUGCAUCAUCAAGGAGAUAGUGCUGUAAAUAAUUAAUAAAGGCAAGCAUCUUUCCACCCACAAAAAAAAAAAAAAGAAAAAGAAAAAGAAAAGCAAGCACUAAUUUUCAACUGUUCUUAGUCAAUAAAAUAGAAAUUAAAGCAUCCAUAGUGCAUCAUCAAAUUAUUUCUAUAUUCCCUUUUUGUCGAAGGUCUGAUCAUUUCUCCUCUUAUUUAUUUAACUCCUAUGUUUAUAUUUGGUGGAAACUUAAAGAUUAGUCUAUUGCCAAUAAUUUCUCUCUCAAUGUUCAUUUCUUUGAAUAUUAACUUCUCAAUGAGCAAUUUCUUAUAUCCUUAUGUAUUGUCCAAAAGGCCCAUCAAAUCCAAAACACAUAGAAAUAAAUAUUAUUAUAAAUAAUGGCAAGAAGUUAUUAAUAUUAAUAUAAAUUAUAAAAUCUAUAAGGGACUAUGGUGAUUUGUAGGUGAAAUCCAAUUACCAAACAAUAAUGCCGUUUUUUUAGACGCAGCCAUCACGUUAGAGUGAUUGGACUUAUCAUGUCAAAGAAAGGGGCAUUGACUUGUUUGUUCUGCUUUAUAAAUUCGUUGUUCAAUGUUUCGGGGGCAAGUCUCAAAUAAUUGAGUAGUAAAAGAAGAGAAGAAAGCCGUGCCCCAUUCGCCAAUCUGAAGCUCACGAGGCCCUUAAUUUCAGACACUUCAUGAUCGACUUUUCAAAUUCAAAGUAGUCUUUGAUUCAAAGCAAACAACUUGAAUGAAAAGAAGAAAGAAUGCCAAAUACAAACCAUGGUACAAACUUCUUUGCAAGAUGAUGGCAAUCAUGGGGAAUUCCGAAGCCAAGUCAAUUAUCAUCACCGGUCACUCUCUUGGAGGAGCCAUAGCCUCUCUUUGUACUAUUUGGCUUUUGUCUUACCUCCAAUCGAUCUCCUCCUCCAUGUCAGUCUUAUGCAUAACCUAUGGCUCGCCAUUACUGGGUAACGAGUCUUUUUCCAGAGCCAUUCUCAAAGAAAGAUGGGGUGGCAACUUCUGUCACGUGGUCUCAAAGCAUGACAUUAUGCCUAGGCUGCUCUUUGCUCCUAUAAUCCUUCUCAACUCUCAGAUAUGUUCCCUGCUUCAGUUUUGGCAAUUCUCCAUGACUUACCCUGACCUGGGCAACUUUGGGGUUCAAAUCUCUGACCAAGAAAAAGCUGAUCUUCUCACCUUUGUAAUGACUUACCUGAACAAUGCAGCAUCACAAGAUGGAGAAGGGUCUCUGCCAGUCUUGUUUCACCCGUUUGGGAGCUACUUUUUUGUUUCUGAUGAAGGAGCAGUGUGUGUGGAUGGGACGGCCACAGUUAUAAAGAUGAUGCAUCUGAUGUUGGGAACAAGUUCCCCAGCAGAAUGUAUCAAGGACCACUUGAAAUAUGGAGAUUAUGUAAACAAGCUCUCUCUGCAAUCCUUGAACCACAAAAACUCCAUGCAGGUGAACGUCCCAGACUCAAGCUAUGAAGCAGGGCUGGAAUUGGCCCUGCAAUCCUCCGGAAUUACAAGCCAGGAUCCGGCUGCUUUACCAUUCAAGCAAUGCCUAAGAUCGGCCAGAAGAAAGGGUCUUACACCAACUCUGAAUGCUGCUAACUUAGCAGUUAGGUUGUCCAAGUUUGUACCAUACAGGGCUGAAAUAGAGUGGUACAAAGCAUGGUGUGAUAAAUCAGACGAUGAACUGGGGUACUACGACUCCUUUAAACGAAGGGGCUCCACAACCACAAAAAGAGACAUGAAAGUCAACAUGAACCGUCACAAACUAGCCAGGUUCUGGAACAACGUAAUUGAAAUGUUGGAGAACAAUGAACUACCUCGUGAUUUUAACAAGCGAUCAAAAUGGGUCAAUACUGCGCACUCCUAUCAGCUCCUGGUCGAGCCACUUGAUAUUGCAGAGUAUUACGGAAAAGAGAUGCACAAAACAAAGGGACAUUACCUAGAGCAUGGCAGAGAGAGGAGAUACAAGAUUUUUGACAAGUGGUGGAGGGAAAAAGAGGCAACCAUGGAAGAAACUAACGAAAGGAGCAAGUUUGCGAGUUUGACACAAGACUCGUGCUUUUGGGCAAAGGUUGAAGAAGCAAGGGACUGGUUGAGUAGAGUGAGAAGCGAACGAGACGUGAACAAACAGGUUCUGUUGUGGCAGAAUAUAGAGAUGUUUGAGAAGUAUGCAAUUGAACUCAUUGAAAGCAAGGCCGUGUCCGAGGACGUUCUGGCUAAGAACUCAAGUUACAGUUCAUGGGUAGAGGAAUUAAGAGAAGUGAGGGAGCUGAAUUCAAAAAACCGGACAUUUCCUAAUCCCUUUACUCGUUUUCUAGACGGGGAAGUCGUUCCUUAGAUUGCCCUGUGGGAUGUCUACUAGUAGGUUGUAGCCUUAUGGUUUUAAUUUUUUUUUUUUAAUGUACAUUCGGUUUGUAGAACUGCUUGUUCUAACUUCUAAUUCAAGGCUUUUUAUUUCA